GUCAUCUUUAACUAUAGUACAAACUUUUGUGUACUUAAACCCAAUCACACCUCUGCCAAACAUCCCUCCCUCCCUCUAAAAUAUUUUCCUACUUCAAUUUCCUUCUUUCUUUCUUAUUAUUCAUCUCUUAAACCAUGAAUUACUCUCUAAACCUUCCUUUUUUCACCAAAAUCACUCAUCCAAUUUCUUUUGUCUUUCUCUAGAAUUAAUUAAUUAAUUAUUUGAUUAUUUCCCUUUAUAUCUUUCCUUUUUUUUUUAAUAAUAUUCCUAAUCAAUCACUAACAAAAAAAUGGGUGGAAAUUUUCAUCUACAUCUACCACACAAAAAACAUCAAAAUCAAAAUAAUCAAGGUAAUUCAUCAAAGGGUAAUAAUAAUAAUAGUAAUAAUAAUAAUAAUAAUAAUAAUAAUGGAGUAGGAAUAAUUCCAAAGGGUUGUUUGGCAAUAAAAGUGGGUCAAACAGAUGAAGAACAACAAAGAUUUGUAGUACCAGUCGUUUACUUUAAUCAUCCUUUAUUUAUGCGUCUUCUUAAAGAAGCUGAAGAUGAAUAUGGUUUUGAUCAAAAAGGUACCAUUACCAUUCCUUGCCACGUGGAGGAAUUUCGUUACGUGCAAGCUUUGAUUGAUCGUGAUAAAUCAAUCAAUCAUCAUCAUCAUCAUUCACAUCAUCAUCAUCAUCAUCAUCAUAAUCCUAUUGUUAGCUGUUUUAGGGCUUGAUCUGAUCCAACCAACGGUCUUGAUCUUUUCUUGUAUAUUUUCCUUUUAUUAAUUAGUUUUUGUUUUCUUAGUCUUUAUUUUUGUUGGUUUAUUAGUAGAGAAGGUUUAAGAUGGUGAUGUUUUAACAUGUUAUGGACUUAUGGUUAUUUAUGAAUUAUCAUCGUAUACUUUGUCUCUGUUCAAAUUAGUUGUUAUAUUUCUUAUUUUCAUGCUAUCUUUAGCAAUUAUUUUUAAAAAACAUAAAUUCUUAAAUGAGACAUCUAAUAGAUGAGAAAUAUUUCAUAUAUAUUUUGUGUGUUGAAGUAAUUAUUUUUAAUCUUAAAAUAAUAAUUACUUAUAAGAAUGGGUUAAUUUUA